AUGCAGAGUCCAGGGAUCGCCAUUUUCAUCAAGGCAGUCUCAGUCUCAGCAGCUUCCGGAUACAGCCCCUGUAAUCAUGCGAGUCUGGUUCUUUGCUGCGCAAAGGAAGGCUGGUCACCUUCCUUGAUCUUGAAAUUUAGCCUCAUGAGUGCGACGACGGGAUGCUUGGCAGGCUUCGUCGGAAUCGGAGGAGGGCUGAUAUUUUCACCUUAUUUUUUGCUCAUGGGCCUUGAGCCCGCAGUGGCCGUGGCAACCUCUUCAACUUGCGUCAUUUUCACGGCCUCAUCCACCACAUUUCAGUAUCUUCUGACAGAUCGGGUCAUCAUGUCUUUGACACUUCUCUACGGGACGAUCAACUUGGUGUCUUCAUACCUUGGAACGUCCUUGGUCCACUGCUUGCAGGACCAGCUGAGCGCGCGGCGGUCGGCGAUUUCCGGUAUCGUCUCUCUGGGCGUCGUGAUCAGCACCCUUCUGGCCCUGCGACAGCUGGCCAUCGAAGUGCUGCUGUGA